CACGCGCACGCACGGCCGUUGGAUAAAAACCUUUAAACCGUUGGAUAAAACCAGUUAACCCGUUAUAUGGAGUUAUUUUGACCAACGUUACUACUUACUUGCUUAAUAAUUUCCUGCAAUUAGCUUAUAUGAAUUUGUAUAUUGUCGCUAUUUCUAGUAAGGAAGCCUCACAGGAUGGAUAAAGACCGAGGGUUCACAUUUAAACUGUUAGUGCCACCGAGGGUGAACCGAGGGCAGAUCUCGGCGGUCCGACCGCAGGAGAUAGUGGAGGACUGGAGCGUGAGGCAGGCAGCAGGCGGACAGCAGGGCUUCAACCCAUGUAUUGACAAAGCUUUACCUAAGGCAAACAUGGUUGUUCCAAAUAAACCUGGCAGACAAGAUAUCCCAAAGUCAAGAGUUGUACCUUCAGUAGAGAACGAUGAGAAUAAUAGUGGACAACUCUAUACCAUGCUGUUUGAUGAAGUGGACAAAAUAAAAUCUUGGAAAGCCAAAGUGGACUCUGAGACCAUGAAAAACGACCGCAGUCUGCAAGAAAAUAGAAGAAUAAUUGAAACCCAGCGCAAAGCCAUUCAGGAUUUGCAGUUUGAAAAUGAAGGUCUAAGUAUAAAGCUGGAGGAAGAGAUACAUGAGAAUCAGGAUUUAAGGAUCAAGAACAAUGCCACAAGGAAUUUAUGUCAUUUAUUGAAAGAUACUUUUGAACGUUCAUCGGAAAAAAUUCAUUUAUUUGAAUCUGAGAGAGAGGAAACACACCAACUCUUUUUGGAAAAUAAUGAAAGUAUUCAGGGGAUGAUUACUGCCUUUGAGACCCUUCGUAUUCAAGCAGAAGCGGAUCGACAUGAAAUGCUGCAAGUCAAAGAAGGCCUGUUGCAAUUUGAAGUGCUCAAAGAUAAAGUUGACCAGGAAUAUCGCAUCAAAUAUGACGAGGUUAAACUCCUUGAGAAAAAACUGAAGGAGAAGGAGGAUGAACUGGAGAAGCUGAUGGUAAACCUUAAAAUAACCCAGGAGAGUUGCAGACUACUUGAAGAAGAGAAUGGUAAACAGAAAGAACUUAUCAAAAGUUCCAAAUAUGACCAGGACUCUGUUCUUCAUAAACUUCAAGAUGCAGAAGAGCUGUGUAAAGAAACUGAGAAAAACCUGGCAAGAAUGACCUCAGCAAUGGAGAAAACCAAAGAAGACUAUGCACAAUUAAACCAACAGAAAGAUUUAAGAAUAGAGGAGCUCAGCAAAGCUGAAUAUCAACAAGCAAAUGCAUUAGUGGAAAUGCAGGCUGCAGCAAAUGAGAGAGAAUUAUUACUAUCAUCAGAAAAGGAAAGAGGAAAGGAGCUUGAGCUUAAGCUUCAAGACAUCAGCAUGGAGAUGGAGGACACCAUGGCAGCUCUAGGAGAAACAAGGGAGAAGAGCCUAAAAAAAGAUGAAGAGAUCAAGGUUGCAGCAGAUGAACUGGAGAUUAAAUCACAGUCCAUUGGCAUUCUCAUGGAGAGGAACAAAUGUAUUGAAGCCGGAGUUCAAGAAACAGCAGCUGAGUUGUCUAGAGCAAAUGAGGAAGCCAAACUUUUUAAGGGUAAAGUUGAGAUUUUAUCUGCUGAAAGGGAACUGCAGAAGAAGGCCGGUCUGAGGGCUGAAAAGGCCCAUAAUGAGCUGAAAGAGAAAGCCAGGAUGGCUGAGGAAAAAGUACAGGAAGUGGAAGCCAAGUUAUUGGUUGAGCUAGAGCAAAGACAAGCAUCAACCUUUCAUAUGGAACAACAAAAAAAGGACAUUAUUCAACAUGAAAUAAGGUAUGGAGAGCUGUUAUCAAGGUAUAAUGAUGUGCACAUGAAGCUAGAAGAAAAAUUGAAGGCUAGUGAGGAAAGGGAGAUGGACAUCACAAGAGAAGUCGAAGGAUUAGAAGACAAAAACCAACAUUUACGAGAGGAAGUUUCUUCGUUGAAUAUCCAAAUUCAGGAGCAAUUUAAAAAAACGGCAGAUCUGGAGAAUCAAUUAUUGCAAAGUGAUGACAACUUGCAGGAUAAAAUAACCAAAAAAGAGAAGCAGUAUAAAGUGAUGGAAGCAAAGCUGUGCAAUCUCAAGGCAAAAUUUGAAGCUAAGUCUAAGACCCAGGAAGAACGCAACACAGAGAAUAAAACCCUUAAAAAACAGAUGGCAAAAGAGAUUGAAAGAUGUGGUCAUCUUGAAGAUAAGAUUAAUCAUCUAAAAGAGGAAUGUGAACAUAUGAAAAGAGAGAACGAAGGAGAACGUAAAAGAUUGCUUGAAGAGCUUGAUGUCAAAACUACUAUGGCAGCUGAGCUUGAAAAUGAGGUGCAAAUACUGAAGCUCACAGCUUCAGAAGUCACCAAGAACAAGGAGGACUUGGAACUCAAAUGUCAACACAAGAUUGGCGACAUGGUCGCACUAAUGGAAAAACACAAGAACCAGUAUGAUGAAAUGGUUAAAGAAAAGGAUGCAGAGCUUGAGGAGACAAAAAAUACCCAGAAGGAGGCUUUUGCCCGAAAAAGUUCACUGGAGUUGGAGCUUUUCCAGAAUAAGAUCGAAAAUGAUGACCUGAAAAAUAAUCUGAAGAAAGCCAUGAAAGAGACAGAACAGCUACAGAUGGAGUUGCAUGAAUUGAAGAAAGACAUUUCCACAUUAAAGAUCAGUCAGCGAUCAGAGUCACCUGUUCCAAAGGAAAACGUAGACAUUUUGAAAGAAACGUUCCCAAAGACCAAGAGUGCAGGCUGCAAAAACAACAAUGGAGGUUUCUCAACUGCCAAAAUACAGGAAUCAAACAGGAAAACUCCUUCUUGGAACACCAUACAAAUAUCUGGUCGGACACCAAAACAUCAGGACAUUUCAAAAGAGAUCAUCAAGACACCUUCUUGGAGCACAGGUACCGUAAGCAGGAUUGGAGCCACACCAAAAAUCAAGUCCUACAGAAUCAGAACCCCCCCAUCUUUGGAGAAGUCAGCUCCUUGGGGAAGGGGCACCCUGGAGCUCGAUCCCAAGUCUGACAGUUCUGAGCCCAAUGAUCUCAUGACAUUUGCUGAUGAACCUGAGCCACGAUUCUCUGCAAAGCAGCGCAAAGGACACACCCUCAAGACGAACAAAAGCCCUGCCGUGUAUAAAUCCCCUGGAAACUCCCUGAAGAUUGCUGCGAUAAAAAGGAUGAGAGAUGCAGGUUGGAUUACUGUCGCUAGCUCAGACGAAAAGAAAAAGAAGGUGGAUCAAAAAAUAUUUGCUUAAAAAAGUGCUUUUAUAUCUCAGAAAGUUCAAAAGCAUAGUAAGCAUAGUCAUCAGUAUCAGUGUUUGUUCAAAACUGAUUUAGCUUUGUAUGAACGUUUAAGUUUGUAUUCAUUAUCUUUAAGCCGUUUUAGACAUUUCAAUAAGGUAUUAGUUCUCAUGAAUUUGUUGGAUACUGACCAAUGACUGUGUUCAUGAAUGCUGUUGCAUAGCCAAGCAUGGCUGUUCCAUUUGCGUUUCAUUACCAUGCACACAAAAUGUUAUGUACUUUUCAAGUUGUGUUUUUUUAUGAUAAUAAUAGAUCAAUUCAUUGCUGUUUGUAUUACAGAUUGUUACAAUUAUAAAAAUUCUCUGAUUCUGCAUUGUUCUCGUUAGCGUUAUAAAUAAAUGAUAAUA